AUGCAAAGCACAGAAGCAGCGAGCAGCAUGGUAGAGGCUUUCCUCACGCUGAGUCUGUCUCCACUCGAUGUGCUGGUCGGAGUAGGCGUUGUCGACGUCGACGUAGUUGCUGCCGUAGGACUGUCGUUCGACGACGGAGGCGAGCUGAUGGACGAGGAAGCCGAUGCUGAAGCUGAAGUGGUCCCCGCGGAACCUGUCGUAGCAGCCAGAGUCGAUGGGCUCUCCAGACUGGUCUUGGUGUCAAAUGUGUCCCCUCGAGGGAAGCCGUGA